UCUUAUCACCUGAAUCACUCCUUUGUAGAAAUUUAGCUUUUGAUCGCCGCUGAAAUUCGACACCUCCAAAUUUCAUCGGCAAAAUGCAUCUCCUCCCAGUGCUCCCCGUGAUCUUCAUCGCCGCCGUCUUCUGCUCUCCAAUGCCGGUACCCUGUACACCCGUUUCAGCUCGAUCGCAAUCGUUAAGGUCGUCAUCCUUCUCCGUUGCACUUGAAACUCUUCAGAAGCAUCUGAAUUAUGAUUUUCAGAACAUCGGGCUUCUGCGCCGUGCGAUGACUCACUCAUCUUACUCUGAAGAGAACAACAAAGCUUUAAGCAUUCUAGGUGAGAGCAUCAUCGAGACAACUGCUUCCCUCAGAUUGUUGACUAAAGAUGUGGACAUAUCGUCGAAGGAUCUGAAUAAUCGAGUUUCGGAGAUAUCGAAAGUGGAAACGUCGUGUGCUGUUGACGGAAUGCGGUUAGGGUUGCAGAAUGUGGUUAGGGUCUCUUCGAAUACCAAUUCUUCGACUUCCUCAGUUGUCUGUGGUGCUUUUAGGGCCAUUUUUGGUGCUGUUGCGCUUGAUACAGGAAAAUCCGAUGAUGCUGGAGACGUGUUCUGGGUGGUUCACGGCGGUGCUGGAAGUGCACUUUCCAUGUAAGCAAAUUCCAUUUGGUUUGAUGCUCCUUGUUCGUAAAUAGCUCUUCUGUGAUUACUAGUACUGUAUUAGUUUCUGAAAUCCAUAACACAUUCAUAGCACGUUUUGUGAUAUCUUCGUGGUUAUGCCUGUUUGACUGUGAUUGAUUGAAAGUUUUCUUUAACAUCCAGUAAUAGUCUUGAAGGGAAAGGGUGGAAUUACAUUUUCAAUUGCAUUUGUUUGGGAUUUAUGGAGGGUAUUCUAUUUAGGUCGAGUUUUGACUAGUUAUUCUACAAUGGUAGUUUGGAUUUUACAUAACUUUUGUCUUCCGAAGUUCUCUGUACUUCUGAAUCCAUCCACAAUCCUCUUCAAUCCCCGCCAUUAAUCCCCAACAAAGGCAAUUUAAAGUGUAACAACUGCUGUGGUUGACUUUUCUAAAACAUGCUUGAAUUUGUGGAAGCAUUUAUAUGUCACAAAACUGGAUUUGCAGAUUUUGUGUCAAAUCUGACAUUUUAUCUUUAAUUGCAUUUAGCUAUUAGCUUUUUACUGUGGCAUGUUUUGGUUUUAUUUAUUGGCUUUUAUUUUUGGGACAUUUCUUUCAAUUCAUAUGUUUAUUCAAAUGCUUACAUGGCAUAUUUGCUGACUAGGAAUACUGAUGAGGCAGUGCCCAAAUAUAAAUACAAGUUAAAAGCUAAAACCUCCUUAAAGCCCUUGAAGUGGGUUUUAAAUUGUGGGCUUUUUGUUUAAAAUAAAAAACUUUAUACGCUUAUUCGGGACGAAGUUAAUUUCCUUUAAUCUGAGUUUGUAUUUUUAAUUGUAAAAAACUAAAAGCUUAAAGCCCUUGUUUUUGUUUUUGUUUUUUUGUUUUUUUGUUUUUGGUUUUUUUGUUUUGUUUUGUUUUGUUUUCAUAUUUGCAAUUGCUUCUCAACAUGUUUGAGUUUUUGUUUUUUUUCUUCC